AUAGGCCUAAUACUCUCAUUAUUGUUCACUAAAUUACAUACGGCUUUUCCACUGAAAAUAAAAUUUCGUACCAUUUAUAUUUUUCAAGAAACUUUUCCAUAUCAUAAAGAUUAAAUUUAAUAUUUGCUACUAAUGCGCUCUCUUUCUUGCACAAAGCAGGUCCAUUGCAACUCCUAUGCCCUAGUCAUGAGCACAGAGAUCUUAAGCCAUGAUGUCUACCCCGGGAAGGACCGCUCAAUGAUCCUUAUAAAUUGCUUUUUACGUCUUGGCGGGGCAGCUAUUUUGCUCUCGAACCGAUCGUCAAGCCGAUCAACAGCCAAGUACGAGCUCAUGCACACUGUUCACACGCAUACCGCCAGCUACGACCGUUCCUACAACUGCAUUUUCCAGACGGUGGAUGAUGAGGGACUCCAGGUUCAGGGUCACCAAAGACCUGUUGGCUGUAGCCAGCAAAACCAUCCAAACCAACAUUGCUUCCCUGGGCCGCCUCAUCCUGCCCCUGUCAGAAAAGAUCCGAUACUCCGCGAAUUAUCUGAUCCGGUACUUCCACAUGGCAGGGGUCAAAGCAUACGUACCGGACUUCACAAGGGCCACUGACCAUGUCUGCCCGCCCGUUGGCGGCAAGCCGGUACUGGAUGAGCUGCAGAAGAACCUGCAUCUGAGCGAUGUGCUGAUGGAAGCGCCGAGGAUGACUCUUCACAGGUUCGGGAACACAUCCAGCAGUUCCAUCUGGUACGAGCUGGCAUACGUUGAGGCCAAGGGGAGGAUGAAGAAGGGGAACCGGGUGUGGCAGGUUGCGUUCGGUUCGGGUUUCAAGUGCCACAGUGUGAUAUGGAGGGCGAUCAGGACGAUCGGUGGACCAACCCGUAGUGGGAUCAGUGCCGUUCUUUUUCGAAUCUUCUUAGGGGAAGAAUAUCAUGCGGUGAAAUUUGAUAUGAGCAGUCAAUCGGGUCGGGGUAUCUCUUUAGGCAGAGCGUCUUUGCUGCUUUUCGAUGAGAAGCAGCUAUUCGUUUUGCGAUUUAGUCCAACGAUGAAAAUCGGAAGGGAAUCAGGAUCGGGGCCCUCAAUCGGCGACCCCGACCCCUCCACCGAGCUCACCGGUGCCCAAGAGGACGCCGACGACCUCGAUGGAGGUGCCGGGGUUGCUGAUUGGCAGCCCCCAUCCCGUAUCGACCGAGGACCUCCAAGUCGAAGUUCCAGGUCGAUUCGGGGUCGGGGCCUCCAAUUGGCGACCCCAACACCUCCAUCGAGGUCGCCGGUGCCCACAGAGGUCGCCGGCGACUAA